ACAGAAGAAACACGAUGUUCAUGCAUUUUAUACGUGAUAAUUGAACAAUGAGAAUAUUCGUAGUGCUCCUCUUGUUGGGUAUUUGUGAAUGUCGCAGGUUUACAAGGUGUAGGCUUGCUACUGAGUUGAUGAAAACGUCAAUUAUCGACAAAACAUUCCUUGGUAACUGGGUAUGUCUGAUUGAGAAGGUCAGUAACCGAGAUACUAAAGCCUUCGUCGUUACACCGAGCGGCAAGAAAUUUUAUGGAUUAUAUCAGAUUCCCAGUCGAUGGUGUCGUGAAGGGAAGAAAGGUGGCGAGUGCAAUGUUGCUUGCGAAUCUUUGCUAGACGAUGACAUUCGGGAUGACACAGCGUGCGCAGUGAACAUCUUCCAUCGCGAAGGCUUCAAGUACUGGACCCAGUGGUCAGCGCGAUGCAAGAAUGAUAACUUUAUAACAAAGGAAAUAUAUAAGUGUCCAGAUCUAAUAUCCCCACGGACAAGUCCAGAGCGAAUGUUGCACAGCGACUCAUUGAAAGUCAGAAGGCGGUACGCUAGAAGUUCUUUACAAUCACGAUAUAGCUAUUUUGGAUUACAAUGGUUACAAUAAUAUGUGUUUUAUUUACCCUUGUUUUUUUUUUAAAGAAAGAAGCGCUUGAUUGUGAUUGGUCGACAAUAUCGCACAAUCACACACAUGCGACGUGAAUUAUUUAUAUUACCUACUCAUAUUUCUCCUUUGGUUUUAUGUGUCAAAACAAGAAAAAAAUCAACAAUACAAAGUCUCGGAAAACGAAUUGGAAGGAAUUGAUUGUUAAAUAUUAACAAAGCUUAUUUUCAUUUGACAAUUGUGAACCAAUAUUUGGGGGCGACCUCAAGCGGAAAUAAUAAACAAACUUUCAGAUCCCUUUGUACGCCGCAUUUGCGGGCUUCCUUUAUAAUAAACAUUUUAACAAA